AAACAAACCAAGGUGGCAACUUUAUAAAUCUUCCCUAAAAUAGGAUUGAUCUCUUGUGCUCUCCAGUAAACCCCUGAUAAAGGAACAUGGAGAGAGAAUAAGUGCCAUAGAAGGCGUUGUUCUAAUACUUAAAAGCUUGAUCCGUCCAUUUAAUGGCAUGGCGAACAUGCGGUGGAUUGAAACUGAAGAUAACACUACCAAACGACAUAAAUGGGACGGUACUGUAAGCAAGGCUACCGUCAUGUUGAUUGAGUUUUCUGGAGGAUUUACGAAUUAUGAUAAAAAAAUUAUGCAGUGAUAUCGACAAGAUAUACAGAAAUGCAGUAAGAUUUCUGAGCAAUAAAGGCAGCACGCCCAAACAUCGACCCUGUAUGUUUGUCGUUUUCAGUCAUGGCUAUAAAGUCUACUUUGAAUGCCUCACUCUGGUCACAAACCGUGUCUAUGUCAGAACUCGCAAGGCAGUCAUGGAUGUUCCCUACUCUCCAUAUGGUUUAAAGGUUGCUAUCCAGUAGUUUCCUGGCAUGUUUGCUUGGCGUAAUGCUGUAAUUUGUUCCGUUCAAGAAAAGAUACCUUCCAACAAUGCCAACCUUGAAACUAUACCAGUCCCUGAAACACCUUAAAGUCAUUUACAUGAUUUUUCAAAAGUAAACAAUAAAACAUAGCAC